UGGUUUCCCUUCUGCUUAGUGCUUUAUUAGGCAAGCUUUGUCAUGUUAGGCUUCAAGUGUCAAGUUCAAUCAAAUGUUUAUCUGCUGACUUUGUUGUCAGGGAAACACCAGAUCAAGUUUGGAAGGGCAAACAAAGAUGCGGAGAACUAGAUACAUAUGAAUCACAUAUAAAACAGAAAUGUUUCUUUGUAGAUAUGUAACGUGCACUUUGAGACCACUUUUAGCUUUGAGUCCCCGAAUUUGUUUAUGGGAAUCUUGUCCUAAUCUAAAAUUUCUUGCUUGAGGAAUUCCUGCACCAGUACAGUUUAGCUAUCCUUCGCAAAUGGCUCCAUCUGCUGGCGAUAAGGAACACUCACACGUGGAAAUAUGUAGCGACAGGUCAGUGAUAGAUGGAUUGAUAGAUCGAUGGAUUUCUUUUUAGAUUUAUUUCUUUGAAAAAUUAUACUUAAUGCUUUGAAACAGGAAGACUUGAACCCUAACAUUUUUGAAAGUCUCAAUUCUGCUCGGUUUUAAAGAGAGAGAAAAAAAGCGCCAGAAAGACACGGGCAGCCUUUCUCUCAUCCACUGGAUGGCAUCAGUGUGUAUGUUUUAUUGAGUACACAGCGGCGUCAAGCAGCUUGCAGUUCUUUCCCAUGAUGUCAUGCAUACUUUAGGAAUACGUGCCAUAUUCUCUCUCUCUCUCUGGUUUCAGUUAAUUGGAGGGGGAUGCUCUUAUUCAAACGAGUACAAAAGCUCUAUGUCUGUUUUUUAAUUAAAAAAAAUAAAAUAAAAAAAAUGCUGAUUUUGCUCCAGUGGUCAGGGUUAUCUAGGGUGAGUGGAAGUCAUGUAAGUUUCAGUGGACUCAUGGAUCAUGGAUCCAUGCCAAUGGAUCUGGCUGCUCAACUUAAAUUCUUCUUCUUCAUUUCACCUGCAGUAACUCAUAAGGCACAUCCACUGUACGUCGAAUCCUGCACACUCCAUGUCGUUUUAUGGCCACUCAAACUAGAAUUAUAAGAUAUACUGUACAGUACUGUAUACACUCCCUGGUCUCUUUGUGGGGCACUUCUACACAAGCUAAUGACUUCCCAAAAAAACUGUACAGGUGUACUACAUCAUACUGAGAGGUUUUGCCCCUCCCGUGUAAAUAAAUAAGGUGACAUUAGUAACAUUUCUUUCCAUUAUGUUGUCAAGUUGUACACAAGAGCACAUUGGCUGAGCACACCUCUGCCAAGGCCAAACUGUGGAGAAAUAAAACAAGUCCACAUGUAUUUAGACAUAAAAAAGACAAAAAAAUAAAUAAAAAUAAAAAAUCUACAACUGUAUUUAACUUUGUGAUGGGGUACAGCAUGGUAAAACUUACAUUUGAGUGAUAAACACAUGAUAAACGUGCAGCUCCAUGAUUUUAUUUGAUAGUUUUUGGAUGACCUUGCUUACACACAAAAACACACAAACAAACAAAUACAAACAUUAUCUCCUUGGUGGAGGCAACACACAUUGUUAAAUUAACAUCUUUUGGACAGUGACAAACCAAAGUGAGCAUUAUUAUCUUUGUAAAAGACCGUCAUUUGGAUAUGGCUUUGUACUGGAUAAUAUGCAGGUGAACCUUUAAAUGUUGUGGCAGGGGAGUGUAUUUAAAGGAUGGUGAUUGCAGUUCAUAUAAGAUUACCAAGCAUGCCUGCUGUGGUUUUGCAUGUUUUUCCUCCACCACCUGUUGCUUUUUGUUGUCUUUUUUUUUUUUUUUUUACUGCAGCGUCUUUGUCCUCAGGUAAGGACAGAGACAGACAGAGAGGGAGGGAAAGAAGAGAGAGUAUCAAAGUUGUGAGAUUAACACCAUCCAACCGUCCACCUCCCUCUCCAUCUCCUCCUGCUGCCCCCCCUCGACGUCCACUCCGCUUACGCCGUAAAUCCAAAUCGCCUUCGUACAACUCCAACCACAAAGCCACCAAACAAGCGUUGGAUGUGGACAAAGUUGUCGUUAGUCAUGACUCUGGCAACACCAGCCAAGCCCGCGCAGGCUCCCGAGGCCGCGGGGGCCCUCGAGGAUGUGAACUGGACAUGAAGUGUGAGGAUGUGGCCUCGGAGCUGCGUUGCCAUGGUAGCAGGAUGAGGUCAGCCGUGUAUCAGACCUCGGGCCUUCCCUCCAUGGUGAAAGCCAAGAGACAGUUGGAGCAGAAUGAGGGGAAAGGUCCAAUAGAGCGAAGUCAAGUGAAAGCAACAUUUGUAUGAGGAGCCCACCGACUCACUGUCUGAGCUGUCUGAAGCUUGGCCUCUGAACCAGCGUGUUAGCUUCUAAGUGCAUGUGAAGAGUCUGUCGUCAACAACUGAGGAGCAGAUUAAUCAUUUGCUCUGUUCCACUUCCACUCACUGUCGUGCACAAUGUUCCUCCACCCGAAUCAAAGUAUACUCAGCAAGUUAGCAUGCAGAAAAAAAAUCCAAUAAGAACAUAAGGAGUGUCCUAUUCAUUCAGCAUGGUUUUUGUUCAUGUUGUGAGACUAAAGGUCAUGGGUCUUCAACCAACAAUAACAUUUUUAGAUGAAUUGCAUCGCCUGUUGGAGUUUUCUCACAUCCCCAAAAAACAUGCAUGUUAGGUUCAUUGAAGAUUCUAAAUUGUCCUUACGUGUGGUUGUUUGUCAAUAUCUGUCCUACAAUUGGCUGGUGACCAGUCCAGGGUGUACCCUGGCUCUCAACCAAAGUCAGCAGCGACAAUCUCCAGCUCACCCAUGACCCUAAACAGGAUGCGAAAUAGAGAUGGAGCUGAUGUGAAUCCCCAUCAGCUCUUAGUCUGAAUCUAGUACCCUUGGAAAGAGCAAUGUUGGAUGAUCUCGGUCCCUUGGAGCUGAUUAUCAGUAAACUCCAGUUACCUGAAAAAAGACAAUAAAUUUAUUUUACUGGAUAAUAUUAGCCUACUAAUGUGUUUACAUCUGCCAAGUGCAAAUCACCCCAGGCCAGUUUGUUUAUAUGUCAGUCAGGUUGUAAAUUAUGCUAUUAUAGUCAACAUUAAUGUUCUGCAGAAUUUGACCCAAUGGUAGCAUAUACAGUACAUGCUGAACAAAAGGGGUCCAAGAACUGACCCUUGAGGAACACUGUGUCUUUUUCAUUCAAUUUGUUUCCAAACUUCCAAUGGUCACAAAAUAACUCCUUUCCUCCAAGUAGGACCUGAACCAUUCUAAUGGAGAAGUCCAUUGAGUCCUAUCCACGUUUCUAACCUAUUCAGCAGUAUGUAUCAACCACCGCACUGAGAUCCAAUAAAGCUUGAAAUGACACCUUUCCCAAGUCACCGUUCAACAUUACAUCAUUUAGCAGUUUGAUACGAGCUGAUUCUGUACUGCGAUGAGGUCAGAGACCUGAUCGAAAUUUGUCAAAAAGUAUAUUUAAGUUCAAGAAAUUGAUGAGUUGAUUAAAAAACACUUUAUUGACGAGUUUGGAUAAUUUAAAUUAAUCCCAGUCUAACCCCCAAGUGGAGGCCAGAUAAGUGAAAUUUAUGUGGGUAAUGCCAUUAUAAUCUAAUUAGCACUUACCGAAACAUCAAGUACCGACGACAACUGUAAUAACUUUGCUGGUGCCCUGCGGUGGGGGGCCUUAUUACCCACCGUGGUGGUCCGACUGCUGGGGAGAAAGUGUAGCUUGCCCGACUAAGGCUAUUUUGAAAUGUCAUUCCCUUAACACACAGAUACACACUCGCACACACACACGCACGCACAGCUGCUAGGAACCAUGUCAGAAGAUGACGGAUACAAUUGUCGUGGAGGGACAAGUCAAGUUUAGAGAUGGGAAAAAGUGGAAGUCUCGUUGGGUCGUUGUUCGGAAGCCUUCUCCUGUUGCAGACUGUCUGUCUGUGCUGGCCUACAAAGACAAGAAGAAAACCAAGGAGCGUCUUGGUGUGACACUGGAGUGCAUCUAUGGUGUGGAACCAGGGCCGGGCCAUGAUGGUGUGAGCUUCACCCUCUCCAUCCUCUGCCUGGCACACACACUGGUGCUGGGCUUCCACAGUCGAGAGGCCCUCCUGGCCUGGGACGCCCGUGUACGCUACGGCCUGGGAGAAGUCCACAGAUUUGGUGUCAAUGUGGAGCCCGGUACCAAAUUGGAGAUUGGCCCCGCCUCCCUCCACCUGUGCAACAACCUGUUGGCCCUCACCAGGGGCCUUCCUCCCAUGAUCAUUGGCCACUGGAGGUUGUCCACUUUACGUCGAUAUGGCGCCGUGCCGAAUGGCUUCGUGUUUGAAGGCGGGACUCGAUGUGGAUUCUGGGCAGGAGUUUUCUUCUUAUCCUGUUCAGAUGGGGAGCAGAUCAGUUUUCUGUUUGACUGCAUUGUCAGGGGCAUCACCCCCAGCAGGGUCCCGCAUGGGCUGCGACCGACCCGGCCAGAGAACCUCAAUGCUGACCCGGCAGCAGUUGAAGAACGCAUCAACCAGGAAGCCUCAGAGCUGGAGAAAAGACUCAGCAUGCUGUCCACUUGCAGCCUAGCGAGCAGCACAGCCUCCACUUACAGCUGCAGAACAUCUGUUGCCGGGGACGACCGUAGCAGCAUUUCCAGCUCCUCCUCCAGCCAGUCAGACACCAGCUACGGGAGCCGACGUACUUUCUGGGCAGAGCCGUUAGCGAAGUUGCACCUCCCCAGCGAGACGGCGUCAAGCUCGUCCACGCUGAAGGUCUUGACCACUUCGGAUGACCGCCUCUAUGCUGCUGUGAUGGGAGACUGUGGUCCAUCUUCCACACAACUCCAUCCGCGUGGUCUCCAUGACAGUGGGCGUCAGAGCUCGUUGGACAGCGGCAUUGGGAUAGCGACCGGGAGCUCAGGCAGCUUCUCCUCCUGUACAGGGAGUGUGGACAUAGCCCCUCAGGGCGCAGGGGAGGAAUUUGGCUCCGUGGCCAGUCUACCCGGUCCUCCUCCUCCCCCCAAUCCUCCGCCUUCACCUUCCCAGUCCACACCUCACCUUGAGCACAGUGAUGGCCCCUCGUGUUCCUCUAGGUGCAUCUGUCAAGCAUCUCAGAGGUUUAGUGAUGAGUGCCAGAAUUCCAGCCUGCUCAGAUUACACUAUGAUACGCCCAGAAGUGUGAUCCAAAGCAGGGCCCUGAGGGACACCUCGGCUAUUCAGGAACACCCCUCUGAAACAGGCAGGGACAGCACGAGGCGUGGAGAUCGCCUCGCAAGUCAGGACCAAGCGCUGACAGACGGGCUUCCGGGACCCGAACCUCAAUGGCAGGCUUUAAUGCAGUGCUCCCUCACCUGGCCCCGUGAGAGGACGCCCCCUGUGGACACUGAGUUCAAGUCCACUCCUCAGCAACUACUCUUACCUGGAAGGUCACCUUCUGGAGAAAAACAGUGCUGUCAUGGGUUUGAUAACUACAUCACUCCAGAGCAGUGGCGCUCAGCGAAAAGCAGAAGUUUAAUGAUGCAGGUUGGCAACAUCUCAUCAGGUCCAUGGCCUUCUGCUGAUUCACCAGACCAGCUGUGUGUGAGAGAGGAUCGCCAUGACAGCCAUCUGAUGAGGAUGCUCUCCUCGGUGCCACCCUCCGGCCCUCUGCAGUCUAUCACACUGAGCACAGCCAGGUCACACUCAGCCUGUGAGGGCUCCAUCAUCAGGUACACCCACCGAAAGAACAGCGCCAUGGAAGCGGCUCAGCAAGUGGGUGUGGACCACCCGCUGGGCAGGGAGGGCCGAGUGACUCAGAUGGACAACAGGCGGCAAGGGCCACCACACUGACUUUGUUACCACCUAAGUGGAUAAUAUUUCAGUGCUUAUUCACUGCAAUCUCAGAAUAAGCUAAACAUCUCCCUUUAACCUCCAGUUUUCUGCUGAUCCGUAAUUACAGAACAAUCCAUUCCACUGAUAAUACAGUAAAUGCCUGGGAAGUCUGUGAAUGCUUAUUGAUGCGCAGUAAUCCCCCGCAUAUUCGUGGUUCACGUUUCAUUUUUUAAAGCUGCAUUAUUUGCUUAAAACUCACCUAUAUGUGGUUCUCUAUGUAUUUUUGUGCUUGCUAUUAAGGUCCUAGCUGCCAAAAGAUGGCUUGGAUUUUUCUAAACUCAAAACAUCUGUAAGCCAUUUCUUCAGGGAAAUGUAAUAUAUCAAAUAUAAAAUACAGUAUAAUAUAUUUUUCCAGGCUGGUAGAAGUGCUAUUUGAUUGACAGUUGAGCAGGACGUGGUUUUAGCACAUUCAACAGACACGCCCACAAUGUUCCAGAGCAAAGAGAACAGUUUGAUUAUUCACCCAUUUGAAGCCUCAUUUAAAAUGUAUAUUUUUUCAAUUAUUCAAAUUUGGCAGGGUUGUUCACAACUUUACAAUUUCACUUUACAAAGACUUUAAAAUGUUAUGGGAUCAAAGUUUGUGGUGUAUUUAUGGAUUAAACUAUGAAUAUAGGCAAUGACUUGCAGUGCCCAGUCCCUAUCCCACUCUGAAUAGCGGGGGAUUACUGUAUUUGUUGCGAGUUUAUUCAUUAGUGUGUGGUGUCAUCCUUACCUGCAUACGUUAAUCCCACAGAAUAGGUCAGAUCCCUUGAAGAUUUAUAUUAGGUUCCUUUUUUUUGCUGCAUGACCCUUAAAUCUGAUGAGGCUCCCGUUGGAGGAGAAAGAGGCUAUUCAGCAAUAUAUUGAAAUGUCACCCUUUUAAUUGGUUUACCUUGAAUUUAUUUUUCCAACUCGUGUGCCGAGUGGAGCGCUGUUUGGGUGUGCAUCCAUCUGGUGUGCUUAAAGGUUCACCCCCACCUGGCAUUAUACGAAAUUGUUUCUUUUUUCACAAAGCCGGCAGACAAUAUGAUCGCAUGACAAACUCAGGUCCUGCUGUCAUUUGACUGUUUGGAGUCCCGGCGCGCUUGGCAAUCAUUCCACAUCAGAGCUUAAGUGCGUUCGAUUGAAAAAGCAGCUUCAGAGUUAUUUCUCAGGUGCACAGUUCAAGUAUCCAGUGAGACCGGAGAGAGUGAUGAGUCAGCCAGUACCAUUCUUCAUCACAGUAAUCGAUGCCUAUGCUCGUGGUCCGGGAGAGGGCACAAACUGAUGAAUGGUAAGGCUCUGCGUGUGAUCCAAUUUGCCACCCCUCUCUUGAUGUCAUCAAGACAAAUAGGCUAAUAUUUGACGCCAAUUUACUUUUAUGGGUCUUGUGUGUCUGAGGAAGAAGCUUAUGAUGCUGAGUCAUAGGAAGUCCGUAUUUUCUCAGCAGUAGUCCGCUCAUUUCACCACAUGGAUGGAUUUCCCUGACAAAGCUUGUAAAUAGCAAAUGCUUUUAUUUAUGCCAAAUUCAUAUGAAUGAUAUUAAAGUAUAUUUUUCAAAUAUUACUCUUUGAUGUUGUUGCCACGUAUUGUAUUAAAUAUUAAAGAUUAGUGCAACA